UAGUAUUUAGCUAAAUAAGUAAUAAUUCAUAAUUACCUUUUGCCUGUUAUAAAUCUAUAAAAUAAUUAAAUCAUACCUCAAUAAGUAAUGAUUUAUUAAUAUUGAAAUCUUAAAAAAAUUUAAACAAAACUCAAAGAAGUAUAUUAAUGUAGAAAUUCAAGUUUAUAUUAUUCAAAAACGAGAAAAGUUUAAAUAAUAUAAAACAAAUGUACGGUAUUUAGUAAAAACCAAUCAGUCUUAAAGAUCAUUUAACAAACCCUAAACGAUGUAUUUAAAAUUAAAUUGAACAAAAAUUUAACUGCGUUCUAAAAAACAAAUACUAAAAAAAGAAACAUACCAACGUUCGACACCAAAAAAAGUAACCUAAACCAAUACACAAAUAAAAAAAAACAAAAACGUGUUUCUAUUUUUCGUAAACAAGGAAAAGUUUUAAGAAAAUUAAAUUUUAAUUACGGUUGUGAAUAUAUAAAAUAUGCGUUUGGAAAUACCAGAAUGCAGACGAUGUUGCUGCUGUGUACCGUUGAGACACGGGAUACUGGUUUUUGGAUACCUCAAUCUGGCUUUCUCAAUAUUUGUAGUGGUGGUGGAGAUACUGGUGUUGACGAAGGGAUCGUUCUCCUACCACACCAUGACCGUGUUCAGAGGCUUGCAGUUCUACGUGCACUUGUGGUUCGCGGUGCUGCUCUAUGCUUCUGAGAUCAUCUUCAACAUUGUCCUCUUAGUUGGUGCUCAUAUGAGGUAUCCAAAUCUACCUCCUACUGCUGAUCAGGAGUGCCCUGCGCAAGUUCAAACAUAACAGCCGUCUAUGCUACGUCAACCACGCCUCGGAGAUCAUGGUGGAGUCGCCUUUACAAACGGGGCACAACCCUUUCUAGGAAAUAACAAAUUCCUCGCACCUAUUUGUGAUUACGUAAUACAGGAACUAAGUAAAUAGAUCAAAACAUUCUUUUAUUUCUUUAA